UUUCAUGCAUUGUGGCUAUUUUCGAUUCAGUUUUAUUAUUAUAUUCAGCGAACACAUUGUGACCGAAAGGGCAAUAAACGAAAUUCAUUUAUUGUCAUUUGAAAUUUGUUUUCAAUAAGUAAGAUUCAAUUUGACCUAUUUAAUUUGGAAUUUCUGUAGAGGGAAUCACAAGAUGAAGACUAUUUUAUUACUGGCACUAUUUAUCACCGUGGCACACGGAUGGAGUCUAGCUGAUCUCUUUGGGUUUGGAGUUAAACCUAUGGAAUAUUUAUAUGCAGCUCAAGAAGGCGAUUUAAGAACCGUUCAAAAGUACAUCGAAUCUAGUAAAGAUAUUAAUUUUAAAGAUGAUAAAGGACGUACUGCAUUAUCAGUCGCCAUUUACAAUGAUAAACAGUCUGUUGUCAGAGCGCUUCUAGAGCAUGGCGUAAAUAUGAGUGUUGAAUCCAAUGGUACACCUUCACCGCUUGAAAUAGCUGUUAUGCGUGAUAACGUGGCGAUUGCAAGAGAUUUGCUUGAACAUGGUAUAAAUGCCAACGAAAAAACUACAGAAUUUUCUCCCCUAACGCUUGCUGUCCUUAGAAAUGGUUCGGUGAGUAUGGUUAAAACGCUGUUGGAACACAAAUCGGAUCCCAAUUUUACAAUUAAGGGUUUUUCUCCUCUGAUAUUCGCCAUUCGAAGAGGUAAAGAGAGCAUAGCAAAACUAUUAAUUGAGAAUCAGGCCGAUGUUCAUGCCAAAACUCUAGACGGUCUCAAUGCCCUUCUUACCGCAAUUGACCUUGGCAAUGAAAAUAUAGCUCGAUCACUAAUUCAACAUGGUGCAGACGUGAAUUUUGUUGGUCCGAAAGGAUACACUCCGCUCAUGGUGGCUGCUUUGCAUGGAAAUGCUUCCAUCAUUAGAUUCCUGAUCGAAAGUGGUGCGAGAAUUUCCGAUAGAAAUGUUGAUGGUGACAGAGCAAUUGAACUAGCUCAACGAAAUGGUAUAAUACAUCGAAGUUUUUCUAAAAUAAAUCAAGUUUUUUUUAAAUUUGACUGCGAUCAACUCUAUCGUUUCAGACUUCCCCAACGUUGCCGAAUUGCUGCGAAAUUUAUCAUAGACUAAUAAACUCAAAUAAAAUAGCAGUUGCUAUUGAUUUCCAUUUUUAAAAUAGUUUCUGCAUUAAAUCUGUGUUCUUUU